CGUCAAUUAAGUGUCCGGCAUGAUUCUUUGCAGAUAUGACACAUUUUGGUGGAAAAAGGGCGCCGCUGCUCCGUCCGUACCUGCGACUGGACCGAGUGGACGGAACCAGGCAGGUACGGCACCAGGCAGGUACGGCACCGGGCAGGUCAGCCGUCCAGUCUUAUGGCACCUUUAGAGGAUUAGACGAAGAAGAGGCAGACCAGGUGUGAAACGACAUGCAUGAUCUUCAGGGUGCGUCCUUUUACAUCAUGGGGCCCAUACUUCAAUGGUUUCAAUGCGCCCUGUCCGUCAUCUGAAAAAUCUCUGUCAACACCGGUCUACCUGCGCUCGUCUUCCAACUCGGCCUCCUGAGGCCUUGGUCACCGCCUCACAGAACGACACCAUGGUGGGCUACUGGGAGCCACUGAAGUACGUCACCAAGCUGCGACGCAUCAAAACGGACUCCAACCCGGUGCUCUUGAAGGUGGACUUCCACGCGGGGCAUGGUGGGGCGUCGGAGAAGUCCAAGUCCAUGAAGGAGCAGGCACAGCACUUUGCCUUCAUGUUGGACCAGCUCGGGGUCCGCUGAGCGAGCAGA